GCUGCAGGCGCCUACGUGAGCACGUCUUACACAAGCUCUCCACAGCGGUACCCAGACACUAAGUGCUCCGCCGUUCUCGCCCAGGAAACCUCAUCUUAUCGUAUGUCCGCUAUCCAGAACCUCAAUUCCUUCGACCCCUUUGCUGAUGCAAGUAAGGGUAAUGCUGGUACAGAAGAUUCCAUUCAUAUAAGGAUCCAGCAAAGAAACGGUAGGAAGACCCUCACAACUGUCCAGGGCAUCUCUGAUGAGUACGACAAGAAGAAACUAGUCAAAGCCUUUAAGAAGAAAUUUGCCUGCAAUGGUACCGUUGUUGACCAUCCAGAAUACGGAGAGGUGAUCCAGCUUCAGGGUGACCAGCGCAAGAAUGCCUGCCAGUUCCUCGUUGAGGUUGGCCUUGUUAAAGAUGACCAGCUGAAGGUCCAUGGGUUUUAAUGUUUCAACUUCAGUGAAAGACUUCCAUUAACAAUGAGUAGAGGUCUCCACGUUUCUCCCUUGUCAUAAGUUUAAGGCUUGUGACAUUCUAUUAAAUGGACUGUAAUAAACUUGGUAACCUGUACAGUUUUGGUGUGCUCCCUUGGUGGCUACAUGAGGUGUGCAAUAGGCUGGCUGCACACAACUCCCUCGUUGUCAUGGUCAAAAGGGGUUAUUUACAGUAGUAAAAAGUAGCAGUCUAACAUUAACCUGAUAAGUCACUCAUUUUGGUAGAAGUGAUAUUUCUACAUGGCCAAAUUUAGUUGUUAGUUAUGAAACAGACCCAACAAUUAGGACAUGCAUACUCGGAGUAAUUGACUCAUUAAUAGAAAGGGGUGUGCUCAAAAUUGACUAACUUCACCAAUUUAAUUAUUUCUGUGUAAUAGGUUAAUUUGGGCCAUUUAAGGUGGGAGGGUGGCAAAUGUUACACAUGUUGGCUAUAGUGCAUUUCCUUCUGAUACUGUGAAAAAUGGGUCGUUCCAGACAUUGUACUGAUGAAGAACGUACUCUGAUUAAAAAGCUGAUUGGAGAGGGGAAAAAAUAUAUAGAUGUGCAGCAGACUAUGGGCUGCUCAGCUAAAAUGAUCUCAAAUGCCUUGAAGUGGCAACCAAAAUCUGAAAAACGUGGCAGGAAGCGGGGAACGACUGUUCGGAUGGAUCGAAAAAUAGCCAGAAUGGCAAAGACUCAGCCAAUGGUUACCUCCAGAAAGAUCAAAGUUGAUCUGAAGUUACCAGUGAGUACGGCUACAAUCAGAAGACGGUUAAGUGAAGUCAGGUUACCAGCAAGCCCUUCCCACAAGUCCAGUUGAAAAAAGCAUGUCCUGAAUAGGUUAAAAUUUUGCUUAGGAACACAUUGACUGGCCCAAAGCAAAAUAACACAACAUUUUGUGUACUGAUGAACACAGAAUUGUUUUUGGGUCAGAUGACGCCUCUGAGCAGUGAAGUCAUGCCACAGUACAUUGUGGUGGAGCUAAAAUCACAAUAUGGGGAUUUUUCUCAUACCAGGGCAUUGGGCCUAUUAAUCGUGUACAAGGGAUCAGGCUGAGGGUGGCAGUAUCUCUGAAACUAGUUUAACUGUCUGCGUGCUGCUUCAAGUGUAUAGAGUUGACAAAUGGCAUUGUGGAUGAGUGACAACUGGGGAGUGCUAUUGGUGUGAGGUGACCUCAGCUAUGACGGUGCGUUCUCUGGGCCCACUCAUCCAUUUGGAAGGUGUUCUCAACAGACUUGGGUAUGAAUCCAUCCUUGCAGAUCUUGUAGACCCUUAAAUGCUGCUUUUCCUCAGGGGUGGAUGGGAUCUUCCAGCAAGACACUGUCACAUGGCUAGAGAUCAGACAUUGGUAGGAAGAACACGACCAAGACUUACAAGUACUACCCUGGCACAUCAGUUCCCCAGACUUGAACCCACAUUAAGGGUCCAUUCACAUGUCUGCAAUUUUGUUCCACAUUUUGCAGAAUGGAAUUGUGGACCCAUUCAUUUCAAUGGAUACAGAAUUGUGGAUGCAGAGAGCACGUAGUGUGCUCUCGCAUCCAUUCCAUCCCCAUAGAGAAUGAAUGGGUCUGCAAUUUGCACAACAGAUGCAGACCUGUUAUAUGGACGUGUGAAUGGAGCCUAAUCCUCUAGGAGCAAAAUUGUCCUAUUCGUUCUGAGUCCCUCAGGCCCUCCAGCAGCUAUGGGAUGCACUGCAGUCAGCAUGGCUCCAGGAACUGGUGACAACCCACCCGGACAGAGUCCCUCCCAGCCUGUCUAGCUGCACACGGCGGUUACUCUGGAUAUUAGCAGGGGGUCGUAAUGAUUCUACUGUGGGUGACUUGGGAGGUGAGAUGCUAGCUCAUCUGUUAUGUUGCCUGGACUUGCAGCACUGCAGGUCCCAGAAGUGAUGUGGGUUAAUGCACACUAAAGGUCAAAUGCGUUAAUAUGUAGGGCUGCACUGUAGGGAUCUUGAAAUCCUUUUCCAAGAUACCCUGCUGCUUGGUCAUACAUAUUAACUCAUCUGGAUAAGAUGGCUGACUGCAGCUUGAUGCCACCCAGGAUAUGUCAGUGCUGUUCACGUAGCACCAGGUUAAACUUCUGACAAGGGAGCUUGUGUAGAUUGAUGCUUUGCUGUUUCUCUUCAGCACCAUUUUGUAAAAUGGCAAGUUCUGUUUUUAUUGUAUUUAACAUUUUUAUUUAAAUAAAAAAAAUUGGAAACUU